AUGAAGAGCACCACUUUUCUCGCCACAGGUACACUCCUUGUGACCGCCCCAUUUGCCCUUGCUGGUGACCUCUGCCUUUCUUCUGCCUGCACGCUUGCACCCCCUGACCAGGGGCCUGCCUGCGGCUGGUGGCAGAUGUGGUCCCCUGGUGUUGAUGUCUGCGGCCCUGGAACCAAAGAGCUCCACCCCAGUGACGACCUUGAAUCACACCUUGUAAACAAUGGCCCGAUUAUCCUGGACGACAUCUGUGGUGUGACUGUUGCACUAUCCUGGGGUGAUGGAGCGCCCGUUCUCGACUAUGUUAACGUCGAGGAGAACUACUCCUGGAGUGUCCCGGCGGACAACAUCGAGGUGGUACCGACUGCGGCAAUGCAGGACCUAUCUUUAGCCGUUGGUACUGGCCUGACAUUGGUAUUUGCUAGUUUGGUAGCUAUUGAGUCUGACAAAGGGGAUGUUUUCUAA